GAAUAAAAAUCAAAUGGGCUACUCAAGUCAGCAGAAUUACAGAAACUCUUCUGGUUUAAUUGUUGGUGUGAAGUUGCAGCUCGAGUCGAGGAAGAAACCGUGAAACUUCGGAGCGGAUGCAAAUGAAUCAGCGUAGUAAUGUAAUGGAAUUCAUGCAUGUAAUCAAUAAUCUGUAGUGGAAUCUGUUAAUAAAAGUUGUCAGGUUGUGUUUUAAUCAACUUUACUGGCUUCAUGAACCCCCGUCAGAAACCUUUCCCACCACAGGUGUAAUAAAUUGCUCAGUGAUGGUUUCCAUUCUGCUGGAUCGACGAAUUUCCAGCGAAGUCUACGGCGUCACUGCGGCGUUUUACAGAGUCGGAGCGUCUGCACGCUGCAGGCCUCCAGCACACAGCAUUCCAGUUCUCAUUCCCAGUCAGAUUUACAAUAAUUGCAUGAAAAAGUUCCCUGUGAGUUUGUGCGUUUGUGCAGCAGACGUUGAUGUGUGUGUGGGACCCCUCACCCACUUCUAUGAAGUUUGGUGAUUUAAAGGAAACUGCACGACCACAGUUUUCACACCUAGAUCAUCGCUGCACACACACACACACACACUCUCUCUCUCGCUGCGAGUUAUAAAUAAAAGCUUUCACGACAAGUCAAACAGUUUGAGAGAACCUGAGGACAGGAGACACAGUCUGACUGACACUGAACCAGGAGCCCGACGACACCUCCAACUACUGAAAACUACUGAGAAACUACUGAAAAACGAGUGAAUAAGACGAUGGGCGCCGCAGCGAAGGCCGUGCUGUGUCUGUGUGUGUGUGUGUGUCUGUCGGCGUGGCCGGUCCGAGGGUCUCACAUCCCCGCCGAGAUGAACAAAACCAUCCAGAACCUGCUGCAGCACUAUAAAAUAACAAACGCAGAGAGAUUUGACGGGAAACCCGUCUUCAACAAAGAUCCACUGUCAACAAAGAUGGAGGGCAAGGUGUUGUUUAUGAGCGUGGUUUUGGAGGUGUAUGAAAAGCUGAUCGACCACAUGUUGAAGCAGCUGCCGAGUGCCCAGAACACGACCGACACAUCGAACGAUACCCCCGCCCCCGCCGCCGCCGCCGCCGCCGCAAAAGCCGAAAAAGGCAACGAAGUCAGGACGCAGCUGAAGUACCUGAAGGGAAAGAUCUCUCAGCUGAAGACGAAUCGCUACCAGGAGCAGGAGAAGUUUCUGCAGGAGAUGAAGUCUCUCAAACACAUCCAGAUGGACAAUCGUGUGAUCCAGAGCAAAGCCCUCGGGGAGCUGCCGUGGCUGUACGAGGAGGCCAGCGUCUUGUUCGAGGAAAUCAAGCUGGAGAGGAGGAGGCGCCGGCGGCGGCAAGCACGCAGGGGCAAAACUCACCCGAGAGCCUGAACGGGCAUUAAAGUGCCAAAUUAAAAAAUAACAUCAGAAAUGUUUCAAAACCAAAAAAAUAUCCAAAUUCAAACCAAUGUGCCAACGUUUAGUUUGUUGUUCUUUUAGGGGUUAUUAAAACAAGUAUUUAUAAAUAAAUAUAUAUUUAUUGUAGUGACAGUGAACCAGCUGCCUAUGCCUAAUUAAUGUUAUAAUUUUGUAAAAUGAUUAUAUUUUUACUUGAAAGAAGCCUGGCGGUUUGAACCUGUGAAAUGUUUAUAACUAAUUAUAUUUGACAUUUGUCACUUUGUCACAAUCACAAUAUCAACCAAUUAUCACCUGGAAAUACUUGAUUUCAUCAUAGAGAUAAUUAUAUUGUAUUUAGUUCAAUACUGACAAAUGUACGGAAAUAUUUAAUACUGAAAAUGAAGAUUCAGGUCGUAGAAAUAAUGCACUCUUUAGUGAUUUUUGUAUUUUACUGACUUUUUCUAUAUUUAUUUUUGUAUUUAAGAUGUUUAUUUAACAAUCCUACUUAUUGUUGAUUAUUUAUUAAUUGUAUUUAUUGAUUGGCACCUGCAGACGAAUGCAACUGAA